AUGAACCCCGUCAAUACCACGCCGUACAAACUGCCAGACGACGCAGUCUGGUUGAGCCGCGCCCUCGCGUCCCUGAUCGCCAGCAAGCCGUCCCACUGCCUGAGAGCGAAGACCCGCAGCCCAGCCGACCUGUCCUACCUAUCAGAGUACAACCCCAACAUCCUCAAGCUCGCCCUCGACGUCACCUCCCCGGAGUCAGUAGCCGCCGCCUUCGCCUCGGCAGCAUUCCACUUCAAUCACCGCAUCGACGUCGUCGUCAACUGCGCGGGGUACUCCCUCUCGGGUGACACCGAGUCGGCGACGGAGGGGGAGGGGCACCGCGAAAUGGAGACGCUGUUUUCGCGGCAAGGGCCGAGGGGGUUUGUCAUCUUCAAUAUCUCGUCGCUUGCGGGCCUGUGCGCGUUUCCGGGGCACGCGUAUUACCAUGCCGGCAAUUUCGCGGUCGAGUGGUUCUCGGAGAGCGUGGUCAGGGAGGUGAAGCCUGGGUGGAAUACUGACAGCUUGGGGACAGUCAACGUGCGCAUUGUGGAGUCCAGCGGCGUCAAGACGAACUUUGAGGGCCACAGCAAGGCGCGCACCAAGCCGCACCCGGCGUACGCGGGCCCGGACAUGCCGGCGCGCAAGCUGGAUGCCUAUGUCAACAUGGGCAUCAAGUCGGGCGCAGGCAUGAUGGAGCCGUCUGCAGUGGCCAAGGCCAUCUAUAAGGUGACCAGCCGCGGCGAGAGGAUUUCUCUGAUGCUGCCGCUCAGUGCGGUGGCGUGGAAGAUGGCCAAGGCCCAGUUUAAGAGUCUGCUGCAGGAGUUUGAGGCCGACAAGGAGGUUAGCGGGAUGGGUCAGCAGCUUUGA